AUUUCCCAAUACACAGCAAGAACUGAAAAGUCCGCAAUACGUGCACGUCAUAGUCAUAUAUACAUACAUACACACCCCCAUAAAAGCAUAAAAAUCUACAAGAUUCAUCAUCAUCAUCAAUUUAAUUUGUUAUACAAAUUUAACUUUCUACAGAGAAUUUUAGGGAGAGAAGGAGAUGGAGAAAGCAAUUGAGAGGCAAAGGGUUUUGUUGCACCACAUCCGUCCGUCAUUCACUUCUUCUUCACUUGAAAAUAUUGAUUCUUCAAUCUCUGCAUCUGUAUGUUCAGCUGGGGACAGUGCAGCAUACCACAGGACUUCUGUGUUUGGCGACGAUGUGGUGAUAGUGGCCGCCUAUCGAACUGCACUAUGCAAGUCAAAGAGAGGUGGCUUUAAAGAUACAUAUCCUGAUGAUUUACUUGCACCAGUUUUGAGGACUUUGAUUGAAAAAACGAAUGUUAAUCCAAGUGAAGUUGGCGAUAUUGUUGUGGGCACAGUACUGGCGCCAGGCUCCCAGAGAGCAAGUGAAUGCAGGAUGGCUGCAUUUUAUGCGGGUUUUCCGGAAACUGUACCAGUUAGAACUGUGAAUAGGCAAUGUUCAUCUGGUCUACAAGCUGUAGCUGAUGUCGCUGCAGCCAUCAAAGCUGGAUUUUAUGAUAUUGGGAUUGGUGCAGGGCUUGAAUCUAUGACUGCCAAUCCUAUGGCUUGGGAAGGAGAUGUCAAUCCAAGAGUAAAAUCAAUGGAACAAGCACAGAAUUGUCUUCUUCCAAUGGGUGUUACUUCAGAAAAUGUUGCCCACCGUUUUGGUGUCACAAGGCAGGAGCAAGAUCAGGCUGCUGUUGAAUCACAUAGAAAGGCUGCUGCUGCAACUGCAUCAGGGAAAUUUAAGGAGGAGAUAGUUCCGGUGAAAACUAAGAUUGUUGACCCAAAAACUGGAGAUGAGAAACCUGUUACAAUAUCUGUUGACGAUGGGAUACGGCCAAACACCACUGUUGCUGACCUGGCAAAGCUAAAGCCUGUAUUCAAGAAAGAUGGUUCAACCACUGCAGGAAAUUCUAGCCAAGUGAGUGAUGGAGCUGGAGCUGUGCUUCUUAUGAAGAGAAGUGUUGCUGUGCAGAAAGGACUUCGAAUCCUAGGUGUAUUCAGGAGCUUUGCUGCCGUUGGUGUUGAUCCAGCAAUCAUGGGUGUUGGUCCAGCGGUUGCAAUUCCUGCGGCAGUCAAAUCUGCUGGUCUUGAACUUGAUGAUAUUGAUCUUUUUGAGAUAAAUGAGGCAUUUGCAUCGCAAUUUGUAUAUUGCAGGAAGAAACUGGAACUUGAUCCUGAGAAGAUCAAUGUUAAUGGAGGUGCAAUGGCUAUUGGGCAUCCUUUGGGUGCAACAGGAGCCCGUUGUGUUGCUACCUUGUUGCAUGAGAUGAAGCGUCGUGGCAAAGAUUGUCGCUUUGGUGUCAUUUCAAUGUGCAUAGGAACGGGCAUGGGAGCUGCUGCUGUUUUCGAAAGAGGUGACUCCUGUGAUGACCUCAGCAAUGCUCGAAAGGUUGAAACUCACAAUUUCCUGUCAAAGGAUUCUCGAUAAUCACCUCAUCGCAUCUGUUAGUUUUCAAUAUUGUUAUGGUUCCAAAAAGAAGCCGACUAUAUAGCCUGUAAUAAACACGCAGAACAUUUUGUUCGAUUGGAUCUGCUUGUACUUUUACCAUUUUAUGCCAAAUAAUUUAUGGGUUUUGUUGAUUAUUAAGUAUCAGUUCUUGCAGCUAAGAUGUUAAGUUCUCUCU